AUGGCAGACCUUUGCUCUCACAGGCGGACAAUACUGGCUACCCUCAUCUGCCUCACACUUAUAGGAAGCCUGCUCGUUCAUUGGCCCAAUCUGUUGAACACAUUCCAGAGACCUAAACCUUUACCUAAGCCAAGACCCAAGAACAAUAUGACUAUUCUAAUUUGGUACUGGGCAUUUGGAUCUAAACAGGACAUAGAGGGGGAUGUGUGCAAAGACAGGUUUGGCAUACCCAACUGUAUUUUGUCAGAUGAUCGGUCAUUGUUCCCCAAGGCAGAUUUUAUUAUUUUUCACAACCGUGAGCUUAUCACAGGACACCAGAGGUUGCCUUUACAUUUACCACGCCCACAAAAUCAGGGGUGGGUGUGGUUCUCCAUGGAAAGCCCAGCCCACAAUGGCAAUUUGAGGCCUUUUGCUGGCAAGUUUAACUACACUAUGUCUUACCGACAUGACGCAGACUUUUUUACCCCAUAUGGCUGGAUGGCACCACACAGUGUUGGGAGAGGGAUGACAGUUGAAGAUUUCAUUCCAAAAAAUAAGUCUUAUUUGGCUUGUUGGAUUGUGAGCAAUUACGCGGCCCGUCAUAGUCGAACACAGGUAUACAAUAGACUAAAACAAGUCAUAACUGUGGAAGUGUAUGGAGGGGCAGUACACAGACGUUUGGAUAGGAAACACACGUUACCCACCAUCUCUCACUGCUACUUCUACCUGGCCUUUGAGAACUCUCAAUUCCAAGACUACAUCACAGAGAAGUUAUGGAAAAAUGCCUUUGUUGGGGGAGCUGUGCCUGUAGUUUUAGGUCCACCUUGUGAGAACUAUGAAGCCAUGAUUCCAAAAGAUUCUUUCAUUCAUGUGGAUGACUUCAAAUCCGAAGAGGAGCUUGGACAAUUCCUCAAACAGGUGGCUGGAGACAGGGAACGCUAUGCCUCAUACUUUAGGUGGAAACUGAACUACACUGUGGCACAAACUAGCAACUGGCGUGUGGAACCUCAGUGCAGAAUUUGCACAAAACUCACCACUUUACAAAGACCCAAAGUGUAUUGGGAUUUACAAUCAUGGGAAUGGAAAUGA